AAGUAAACCACCAAAGCAAUCACAACUCACAAGUUCACAACUCUUAACUACUAGUCAUGGCUACUCUAUUGCCUCUCCUCUUCCUCCUCCUCCUCCAACCUCUCUUCUCCAUUGCCAAUGUCCACAAACUCAACCAACUCAGAUCAGAGCUCAUCUCCCAAUCCACUUCUCUCAAUGCCACCUCACCCACCCUUUACUUUGAAGUAACCCAACCCAUUCCAGUACCCCCAACCAAGCCUUGUUCUGAGCUCAUUCUCCAACAUGACUUUGCCUACACUUAUGGCAAACCACCUGUCUUUGCCAACUACUCCCCACCCUCAAAUUGCCCAUCUCAGAACUUCUCCAAGAUUGUUCUUGAAUGGAAAGCUACAAGCAAAGGAAGACAAUAUGACCGAAUUUUUGGGGUUUGGCUUUCUGGGGUUGAGCUUCUCAGGAGCUGCACAGCUGAGCCAAGGACCAAUGGGAUUGUCUGGAGUGUUGAGAAGGACAUCACCAGGUACUAUUCUUUGCUCCAAAAGAACCAGACACUAGCUGUUUAUCUUGGCAAUUUGGUUGAUUCAACAUAUACUGGAGUUUACCAUGUGAAUAUAAGUUUUCAUUUUUAUCCUGCUGAGGCGAGUUUGCAUAGUUAUGAUCAAAAUGUGGGGGAUUUGGCAUCUGGGUACCAUUCUUGGGCGGAUUUGAUUCUGCCCAUUUCGAGAAAUCUGCCUUUGACUGAUGGGUUGUGGUUUGAAGUUGAAAAUUCAACUGAUACCGAGUCGAAGGAAUUUGAGAUUCCUCGAAAUGCUUAUAGGGCUGUGUUGGAGGUUUAUGUUUCAUUUCAUGAGAAUGAUGAGUUUUGGUAUGCCAAUCCUACUAAUGAGUACAUUGCUGCCAACAACCUUACUGGCACGCCCGGAAAUGGGCCUUUUAGGGAGGUUGUGGUGAGCUUAGAUGGUGUGGUUGUUGGUGCUGUAUGGCCUUUUACUGUGGUUUACACUGGAGGGGUCAAUCCUCUUCUGUGGAGACCCAUUACCGGCAUUGGCUCAUUUGAUCUACCUUCUUAUGAUAUCGAAAUCACGCCGUUUUUAGGGAACAUAUUGGAUGGGAAGAGCCACAAGAUUGGGUUUAAUGUUACCAAUGCCUUGAAUGUAUGGUACAUUGAUGCAAAUUUGCAUAUUUGGUUGGACAAACAGGGCACAAGAACUCAAGCACAGCUUGUGAAGCAUACUAGCUUGCCCCUUAUUGUUUCAGUGGUGUCGGAUUUUGUGGGUUUAAAUGGCACAUUUGUGACAAGGGUUAGCAGGUCAGUCUCAUCAACUGGGUGGGUGAAGUCCUCUAAUGGGAAUAUCACAACCCAGUCAAUUCAAGAUUUUUCCUACCUUAAUAAAAUGAUCAUGGGGAAUGAUGGCAAUUUGCAGACAGUGGACCAGACCAUAAAUUUCAAUGAUACCGUUCUUGUUAAGACGCCGUCUUCCUAUGUUCAUUCACUGAAAUCAAACAAAUCAUUUCUCCUUUCCUUGUACACUGACUUGUUGGAACAAGAAGAUGGAACUUAUUUAUAUGUGACAAACGUUGAUUUGGGAUUCAUUGAGAAGAAAUCUGCAAGCGGUGGUUCAAGACUCUUGGAGAGCUCUCUCAGAAAUUUGCAGACUGCAGAGGGUAAUAUGGUUGUAAAAAACAAUUUGGUAGUUAGCGGAGUGGGGAAUACACAGGAAGUGUACAGAUAUCAUGGUGGCAAAUUCUGUUACUUCAGAAAUGUCAGUAGCUCAAACUACACCAUACUUUAUGAUGAAGUGGAGAAUACAUGCCACAAAAAAGCCAAGUCUAAUUUUGAUUUUGUUUUGAGAAGACUGUGGCCUUUUGGUACUGGAUUUAUUUGAAGCUUAGCUCAGCUUUAUUCUUCAUGUUGGAUCUUCUUGUGCUAACAUGAAAGGACUCAGUUGGUAACUCUGAAGAGGAUUCCUGUAUGGCACCUCAAAUAAAAAUGAAAAUACCACUGAUUAUAGGAUCUUACUAUUCUGGUUGUUUGGCAUGAGUUCGCUUUACUUUUGAUCUGAACUCUGUAUAGAAAUCUAUUACUUAAUGGCAAUCCUGUAUCAUUGAGUUAAAAUAU